AUGGCCAGUUCCGGCAGCCCAAUGCCCAAGUCACCAAGCUCGAGAACGAUAUGGACAGAAGAGGCGCAGGUCUCGGACUUCUUCAAGAAAGUCAAGGUCGAGACAAAUCACACCAAAGACCACAACAGCCGCAACAAGGAGAAUAAAGGAACCGAAUGCAAGGUGCACAACAUCAUCGGUUUCAUCGUAUACGGAAAGAAUAGUACAAACGUCACAUUCGAAAAGGUCGUCGAUGGAAGGGCCACCCAUCCAGCCGUUCCACACUACUUCUAG